AUGGAUUAUUUGGAGAAAGAGUUGCGAAAUGCUGUUGAAUUGUUUCUUGGCGAUAAAUCUAGUCAUUUACAUGGAAAAGAUGAAUGCUUUUGGUUAGAUUUACAUCUUAAAAUUGUAAGCAAUAUGAUACGUUCACAAACGAAACUUGAAUGCUACUAUGGAAUCUUGGAUAAAAUUGUUAAAAAUAUGAAGAAUAUAAAAGAUGAAGCUGAUCCGUUGUAUCUGAAAUUACGUAAACAAUUUAGUAAGAUUAUGGAAGCCUUGAUCGAAAAUGAAAAUGGCCCAUCAGAGCUCUAUUAUGUAUUUGGAACACUUCAAUUUGGUAAUUAUGAAGAUACUUCAGGAAACCCAACUUAUCCAGCAAUAUAUAAAACUUUUGCAAUCGGACCUAAUAAUGGCGAUGACUGCCGAAAGAAUUUUGCAGAUUUUGUUUAUGACAUUAACAGUCAAAGUCUUCUAUCAUUUUUUGUUAUGCAUUUUGAUAAAAGUUUUACCGAUAAAUGCGGAGAUCUCAAUUUAGAAAAUUGUAGACUAGAACGGCUAUCAGAUCCAACAGAAAUUCUUAGCCUUCACGUUAGAAGAGACUCUAAAUACUACAGAAUUCUGAUCGUUGAUAAACAACAGUUGAUAUUAUACUUAGUGGUUCGCUUUUAUAGUCGCUUCUAUUUUUUGUCCAAUUUUUAUAUGUGUAACAAAACCAAAAAAAUUAUAAUUAAGCCCGAUUUACUGGAUGAUUUUGUAGAUUAUUAG